GGAAGUGAGUCGAAAUCUACCUCACAUUCCAUUCAAUAACACGACAAACAACGCACAGCUGUGAAGGGAGAUAGGCGAAACUUUCACAACUCCUGUACCACCAACACAUUUCGGAAAAAAGAGAAUUACGAUGGCGAAGGUAAUCACGCAGGAGACGUUCGACGAGGUGAUGAAGGAGAACAUCGUGGAGUUUUCCAUGUCCGUGGAGGAAGCCCGAGAAGAAACUAUCAAGCAAUUCGAGGCUCAAGGCAUUCAUCUGGGAAAUAUUAUCAAGGAUUUGAAACUUAAUCCAGAGACGGGAGUGCCCGUGCUAAACGAGAGUUGCGAGCAAUUGAAGCUGAUCGCGGACCAGACUAUUAAUGAGAAUGAGGCAGAGAAAGUGAGCCACCAGCUAGGAGUGAUCAUUGAGGAGUGCAAGCAGAGUGUUCCACAUCGUGUGCUUGCGGCUAAGCUUGGUGCUUACGAGUUUGUUGUAAAGGCACUACAUAGUAACAAGGCACUUAAUGAUGAGGUUCGACUAAAGUUUAUAGCUACUGCGAAUGCUAUCAUCAACAAGCAGCCUGAUGUGUUCGAUAUCAUCUCACUCUCGGUUGUUCUUGAGCUGCUGAAAGGAGCUAAAGACCAGCAAAUCAUAUGCGAACUGUUAAAAUGGCUGCAGAAAGCGUGCCUUUUGCAUGAAAUGAAUCGCCAAACAAUAAUGCAGGAGACGCUUACCGUUACGACGCUCAAAGCGUUGCUUAGCCGUAUCGAACCGGAAAUCAUCCGAAAUGCGUGUAUGCUAUUGCGUUUCUUGAUUCUAGAUGACGACAUACGCGUGGAAUUCGGCAAGGCCCACGAACAUGCCCGUCUUUUGGCUGGCGAAAUGCUGACCGAAAUCACACAGUUGCUUACCACAUUCAAAUCGGACCAGGACAUAGUGUGUGAGUUGAUCCUUACUAUCGCCUCACUAACGGUUCGCAAUGAAUUCUGCCAAACUGUGGAAGAAGCAGGUGGAUUAAAGUUUCUGCUCGAUGCGAUGGUGGAAUUCGACGACUCUGUCAAGGUACUACGAGAAGCAUGUAAAUUGCUGAAAGCACUGGCCGGCAACGAUACGGUAAAGAAACAGAUCAUUGAAUGCGGAGCAGCGCCACUCCUCGAAUCGGCCCUUAAUCGUCACAAGAGUAACGAAACAUUCGCUCGACAUGCGCUGGUGUGCCUAUCGACCCUGGCUUUGCGUGAUCCCGGCAACAGUAAAGCGCUGUUCGAAACCGGGAUAGCGGAGACAAUCGUACAAACAAUGAAGAUACAUCCCACUAGCAAGGUAGUGCAACGGAACGGUGCCUGGGCCAUUCGGAACAUGGUAUCGCGGUCGCGUGAACAGUGCGAUACAUUCAUUGUACAUGGCGCGGAAGAGGUUCUUAACAAGGCCUUGACCGAUCAUCCCAGCAUUGCAAACGACAUCAAGUCUGCAUUGCGUGAUCUGGGAUGUAAGGUGCAAUUGAAUGAGGAAUGGAAGCAGAGCGAGAAGCUGCAAAUUGCAAAUGAUUAAAGCAAACAAUUCGAACGAUAGAUUCAAUUGAAUUGAACAGUAUCGCUCUUCGUGCUACUAACAUUAACUAAUAAUUGUGACGCACAUAAAUGCUACUCGGGUUGUUGACCCCAUUUGCACUGCCUAUUUAUAAAUUCUAACGUAUUGUAACAUGUACCGAAUUUCCUUUAACGUAUAAACGGGACUGUUUAGUUUUGACUGAUUGCGGUGCUUUAUCAA